AUGACGAGACGAUACUGGAUCCCAGCAUUGGCAAUCUCGUCGAUCUCAAUGAUCCUCCUCGUCCUGAUUACCAUUUCCACGCCUACAACACUCUCCGAUUCAACACCAUUCGAUUUUGCCCGAUCCUCUUCCCUCGACGGCAUCGUCGACCUUACACCGGGAUCCAACGAAAAACGCCUUGUCGGUGGUCUUAAAUUCGGAACCUGGGGCUACUGCAGCUCUCUCAAUGGAACAUCCAACUUUUCCUGUUUCAAACGAUCUCAUGGCUACUCGGCAACCUUUGGCAUCAACCCCAGCGAUUCCUCCACUGCUGCUAGGGAAAGUGUAACUAUCGGUUCCAGUUGGACUAGAGGUCUUGCGGUUCAUGUUGUUGCUUUUGUAGCUGCUCUCCUUGGGUUGGUGUUAACUGCGAUUCCAAAACAAGUGAUCCGUCUAGCAGCAACAGUAGUACUCGCUAUAGCCAGCUUACUGGCAUUGGUGGCAUUCUGUAUCGACAUUGCCCUAUUCGUAUACGUUCAACGCCAGAUGAAUAAGCUGACCGAUAACGCAGCCAAGAGCAUGCCCGGUCCAGGAUUCUACAUGGCCUUGAUCGCAAUUCCCUUGACCAUGGCCGCGACGGUGGUGCAAUGGUUGAAUUGGAGAAGCGAAAAAUUGGGCAAGGCAACAGUUGCGGGUUACAACUACCCUGCACAGACAGAAUGGGAUGGUACUGCAGAAGGACAUCAAAUGCAACCUACAACUGCCAGUACCGAGGUCGGCAGUGGAUACACACAUGGAAAAGAGGUGACCAAAGACAGCGAGAGGAGAAUUUUGGACGCUUACGAAGAGUCUAAGCACUGA